AUGGAGUGUAAUUUACGGAACAGAAAAAAGAGACAAGUGAUCUCCAGAAGGAAGUUCCGGCUGCUUCGUUCAAUGCUGAUGAGAGACCCGAUCGAGGAGAGACCUGAGGAGCUACCAAGAAGAACAAUAAAGGCAACGAAUACAUAUGGAGCAUAUGGACAACUAGUGGUUGAACCUCCAAAUGAUUUCAUUUCAGCUGUUGUGUAUCAACAGCAUCCUAAGGAGGAUGGAAUUUAUUCACUUCCCAUGAAAUCCAGAUUUAUCCUAAAAGAUAGACCUACUAAGGCACUAGCUAAUUUGAUGUGUGGUUGCCCGUGA